AUGGAGGCUAACAUAUGUGACAUCAAUCACUUGGAUGCUGGUGUUCUUUUGCCUCCUCGAAAGCGCCUGCUUGCUGGAUUCAAGAAACAGAGUUCUGAUGGUGAUGGUGCUUCACAUCCUCCUAUAAUUGCUUCCUCUUCAUCUUCGGCAUCUCCUUCUUCUCCAUCUCCUCCGUCUCCUCCUUCUCCGACAGCUUGUUCUCCUUCUUCAAGUGAAUUUCAGACACGUCUUAACAAUCUGUUGAGUUCUCAUUUGAAUAAUAGUCAUAGCCUUUCACCUGAGCAGAUUGUGGAGGCCUCGAAGUCAGCAGCUGAGGCUUCUGUUAAGGCUGCAGAGGCUGCUAGAGCAGCAGCUCAGGAGAAGGCUAUUAUUGCAGCAAAAGCUGUAACGGCUGCCAAGAAUGCUUUAGCCUUAGUUGCAGCAUUUCCUGAAGAGGCAGCUGGCAAGGAUAAAUACCUGAAAAAGAAUAAGUUGAAGAAGCAUGUCCAAGUACAACUCUUGUACAAAAAGCACCAACCAGUUGAGAAUUAUAGGGAUGAUGAAGAAUUAGCCCGUAAGUUGCAUCGAGUUAUGAAUAGCUCACCAAGAAUUUCAAAGAAUUCUUCCAGUUCUGACUUGAAGGGUGGUCAUAGAAAUAAGAAGCCUAAAAGCUCACCAAGUUCUGAAAGAACUAGGGUUUCAAAUGGAAGCAUAAUGUUUGGAGAAAAUCCGCCUUCUUUUUGCAAUGAGCAUGCCAUAGCCGGUGAGUUGGAUUCUGAUGACUCCAUCCAGGAGGCACACACAAGUAAACCAGAUGAAAGGGCAUUGAAAUGUGAAAAAGCUGGCCAAUUAGACACAGAUAACGGGGAAGCAGAGUCAAAUCACUUGAAGGAGAAAACUUGGGGAGAUUCGGGCUCUCCUAGUAAAAAGAGGGGAAGACAGAAACUGAAGAAGUUGCCAUUAAGCAUUUGUAAUUCUAAGGAUCAAUCAAACGCCAAGGAAGAUAGUCUUCCUAGAAGUCUUCCAUUGACUGAUAAGACCGUGGACAAUCCUACUACUCGUAGUAAGCCUUUGUUUCCAAUGGAGCCUUCUGCUGGUACUUUAAUGCAAAUUGAGCCUACACCAAUGUGGAAAUGCCAGGAGUUCAAAGCACCUGCAUGCGUCAAACAGAAUAAAGUCGUGCAGUCGUAA